AUGCUGGGAUGGAUGCCGCGGCGGGUUAUGGUCCGUAUCCGCAGCAAGCUUCGGGCAUCGUUACCUCGUUCCGAGGCAGACUGGGGCCGGCCGGAGAAAGGCGCUCACGCAGAGGCCAUCAUUUGGCAGCCGAGUGGAGGCACCGACGCCGCGCGCCGAAGUGUUUGCGGCGGCGGCGCCACCGGGACGGCAGCAUCGCAAGAGCCGGGGGUUGAUCGGCUGCGAGCGCGAAUCCGCGAGCUGGAGGCCGAGCGUGAGCGACAGAAUGUGGUCAUCGAGUCGCAAAAGGAGUCGCUGGAGGCAGCCAAGUCAUCACGGGAAGACCUGACGGCACUACUCAAGCGCGAGCGCAAGCUCAAGCACACGUUCAAGGAGCGGCUGGAAGAGCUGCGCGAACGGAGCGCCAAGGCCUCGGGCGGGAAUAGCGGCGGCGGUGGCGGGGCACGCAAGGUACAAGCGGGGCCAACGGUCUCGUCCUCGUUCCACGCGUUGGAGAUCAAGAAGCUUAAGGCGCGGAUUUCCGAGCUCAAGGCGGCGCUUCGCGAGGCAUCAAGCGCGCGCAAGGGUGCGGUGGUCGAGGUUGGCGCGCGCGAUGUGGUCAUUGACGACCUCAUGAAGACGAACCAGGAUCUCACGGCCCAGCUCAAACAUGUACAGGAGCUUGUCGACGGGGCGCAGGGGCGUGUAGCGCUUCUUACUGCCGAGAACAACCGGCUGCAAGAGGCGCUCAACUCGGCGCUGGCGUUCGCGGGCGCCAAGCCGAUCAGUAGCGGCACCAGUGCGGCUGGUCCGAUUGUGGCUCAUGCGCUUGCUGUAGCACUGGCCGAGGCCGAGGCUGCAGCACUGGUGAGCGACGACGCUGCCGGCAAGAUGGCGAUGGCUGCGGCUCUACUGGAAGUGUCGGGUGUGUCUGCGGGCGCGGCACAGAAGCGGGCUGCUCGGCUGGCGCAGGCCAACCCGGGGUUGUUUGGCACGAUGGCGGCCAUGCUAGGCAAGCAGGCAGGCUCGUCUGCGAGCGGAUCGGGCAGCCUGGGUCGGAUUGUGUACGAAGACGUGUUGCGACCGGCGCUGGAGCAAGGAGUGUAUGUUGGCGAUGUGGACGACGUAGUUAACGAGGCCAUGGAUGUGACGGACGGCGACGGCGGAUCGGAAACCGACUCAUCUGUCGCUGAAGUGCUUCACCUGCUCGAUACAGUGGACACAACGCUGAGCAUGGAGCAAGACAAGGCGGUGCGCGCGCGGGCAUCUGCGCUCAUCUCAGCGCUUGAUGUCGAAGAUGCUGGCUCGAUCUCGCGGGCGCAGCUGGUGGGCGUGCUGGAGGCGAUGGGGACGGAAAACGAGGCUGCGGUUGAGUCUGCAGCCGAGCUGUGUGAUGUGGCCGACGGGACGCGGGCUGCCAAUCAUGCCGUGGUUGACAUGCUUGCAUCUGUGGCCUAUUCCGCUGACGCCAGCGUCCUGGCGAUGGUCGAUACCAAGCUACUCGAACUGCAGGCCCUAGGCAAGGGCCGCACGGUGACUGUGGAGGGAUUGAUGCGGGAGAUUGAGGAGCAGGUGUCGGCGCCCGGCUCUGUUAACAUUGCGCAGGCAGUGGAGUUUUACCGUGCGCUGGGCUCUGGACGCACUGACGCUGUUGAAGAGGCAAGGUCGCUGCGGGGCGAUGACGGGCGCGUGGCACUUGCACACCUGGAGACGUCGCUGAGACAGCUGCUUUCGGCGCUGCCACGACUUCGCAAGGUCAACGUUGUCGAGUCGCUGUUUGAUGCAGUGCCUGCCAUUGUCGGCGCUGUGGACGACGGGAGCCUUGAGGCCGGUGACGGUGGCGGCAGUGACUCGGCAGCGAGCGGAGACUCGAGUGACGAUGAUGAGCAUUUGGCGACAGAGCAAGUUACUGCAGAGCAAGCGCGUAAGGGUGAAGAGGAAGUGGCGGCCAUGAUGGCGCGGCGGCGUGCUGCUGCCGAUGCGCUCGCCGAGAGCGAGGCCGAACGCGAGCGGGAGCUGGAAGCCGAGCGUGCAGCGGCGAAGGCCGAGGCCGAGGCUGCCGAGGCCGAGGCUGCUGCGUUGGCUGAGGCUGAGGCUGCUGCGGAUGCCGAGGCUGAGGCUGAGGCUGCUGCUGCUGCCGAGGCUGAGGCUACUGCGUUGGCUGAGGCUGAGGCUGAGGCUGCUGCGUUGGCUGAGGCUGAGGCUGAGGCUGCUGCGAUGGCUGAGGCUGAGGCUGCUGCGUUGGCCGAGGCUGAGGCUGCUGCGGCUGCCGAGGCUGAGGCUACUGCGUUGGCUGAGGCUGAGGCUGAGGCUGCUGCGAUGGCUGAGGCUGAGGCUGAGGCUGCUGCUGAGGCUGAGGCUGCUGCUGCUGCCGAGGCUGAGGCUACUGCGUUGGCUGAGGCUGAGGCUGAGGCUGCUGCGUUGGCUGAGGCUGAGGCUGAGGCUGCUGCGAUGGCUGAGGCUGAGGCUGCUGCGUUGGCCGAGGCUGAGGCUGCUGCGGCUGCCGAGGCUGAGGCUACUGCGUUGGCUGAGGCUGAGGCUGAGGCUGCUGCGUUGACUGAGGCUGAGGCUGCUGCGUUGGCUGAGGCUGAGGCUGCUGCUGCUGCCGAGGCUGAGGCUGCUGCGUUGGCUGAGGCUGAGGCUGAGGCUACUGCGAUGGCUGAGGCUGAGGCUACUGCGUUGGCUGAGGCUGAGGCUGAGGCUGCUGCGAUGGCUGAGGCUGAGGCUGCUGCGUUGGCUGAGGCUGAGGCUGCUGUGGCUGCCGAGGCUGAGGCUGAGGCUGAGGCUGAGGCUGCUGUGGCUGCCGAGGCUGAGGCUGAGGCUGAGGCUGCUGCGUUGGCCGAGGCCGAGGCUGCUGCGGCUGCCGAGGCUGAGGCUGCUGCGUUGGCUGAGGCUGAGGCUGCUGCUGCUGCCGAGGCUGAGGCUGCUGCGUUGGCUGAGGCUGAGGCUGAGGCUACUGCGAUGGCUGAGGCUGAGGCUACUGCGUUGGCUGAGGCUGAGGCUGAGGCUACUGCGAUGGCUGAGGCUGAGGCUACUGCGUUGGCUGAGGCUGAGGCUGAGGCUGCUGCGAUGGCUGAGGCUGAGGCUGCUGCGUUGGCCGAGGCUGAGGCUGCUGCGUUGGCUGAGGCUGAGGCUGAGGCUGCUGCGAUGGCUGAGGCUGAGGCUGCUGCGUUGGCCGAGGCUGAGGCUGCUGCGGCUGCCGAGGCUGAGGCUGAGGCUGAGGCUGCUGCGUUGGCCGAGGCCGAGGCUGCUGCGGCUGCCGAGGCUGAGGCUGCUGCGUUGGAGGAGGGUGAGACCGAAGCUGAGGUCGAGGCAGAGGGCGAGUCUAGUGAUGACGAUGUGGCCGCACUCCUCGCGGCGGCCGACUCUGACUAUGACGACGCCAGCCCCGCCCCCGCCCCCGCAUCUGCCGAUGCUGACGCCGAGAGCGAUGGCGACGACGACGUGGCGGCACUCAUCGCAGCAGCCGACUCUGAUUCUGAUGACGCCGCCCCCGCCCCCGCCCCCGCAUCUGCCGAUGCUGACGCCGAGAGCGAUGGCGACGACGACGUGGCGGCACUCCUCGCAGCAGCCGACUCCGGCUCUGACGACGGCAGCCCCAAGCCAGUAGCCAACAAUGCGACGCUGGCGGACCUUCCGGCGAGCCUUUCCGUUGCACAGGCUGCGCUGUUUGUGAGUGCGAUGGGCUCGGACGAGUCCGAGGCUGCCGAGCUGGUCGAGAAUGGCGUGGUUGCGACAGCCGAGCUAGUGGAGAUGCUCGACGAUCUUAUGGGCGCUAUGCCGGGCAGCGAUGCCCGCACCAAGGUGCUGGCGGCGAUUCCGGCCAUGCUUGCGAUCACCGAAGCGGCUGCAUCUGCCGAUGCUGACGCCAAGAGCGAUGGCGACGACGACGUGGCGGCACUCCUCGCAGCAGCCGACUCUGAUUCUGAUGACGCCGCCCCCACCCCCGUCCCCGCAUCUGCCGAUGCUGACGCCGAGAGCGAUGGCGACGACGACGUGGCGGCACUCCUCGCAGCAGCCGACUCUGAUUCUGAUGACGCCGCCCCCACCCCCGUCCCCGCAUCUGCCGAUGCUGACGCCGAGAGCGAUGGCGACGACGACGUGGCGGCACUCAUCGCAGCAGCCGACUCUGAUUCUGAUGACGCCGCCCCCACCCCCGUCCCCGCAUCUGCCGAUGCUGACGCCGAGAGCGAUGGCGACGACGACGUGGCGGCACUCCUCGCAGCAGCCGACUCUGAUUCUGAUGACGCCGCCCCCGCCCCCGCCCCCGCAUCUGCCGAUGCUGACGCCGAGAGCGAUGGCGACGACGACGUGGCGGCACUCCUCGCAGCAGCCGACUCUGAUUCUGAUGACGCCGCCCCCGCCCCCGCCCCCGCAUCUGCCAAUGCUGACGCCGAGAGCGAUGGCGACGACGACGUGGCGGCACUCCUCGCAGCAGCCGACUCCGGCUCUGACGACGGCAGCCCCAAGCCGGUAGCCAACAAUGCGACGCUGGCGGACCUUCCGGCGAGCCUUUCCGUUGCACAGGCUGCGCUGUUUGUGAGUGCGAUGGGCUCGGACGAGUCCGAGGCUGCCGAGCUGGUCGAGAAUGGCGUGGUUGCGACAGCCGAGCUAGUGGAGAUGCUCGACGAUCUUAUGGGCGCUAUGCCGGGCAGCGAUGCCCGCACCAAGGUGCUGGCGGCGAUUCCGGCCAUGCUUGCGAUCACCGAAGCGGCUGCAUCUGCCGAUGCUGACGCCGAGAGCGAUGGUGACAACGAUGUGGCUGCGCUUCUCGCAGCAGCCGGUUCCAAAUCUGAAGAGGAUACGCAUGCUUCUUCGACUGUUGACGCUCGCCCUACUGCUUUUGACUCGACCCAGUCGGGCGACAUGGCUGCGCUCCUCGCCACUACUGACUCAGACGCCGACGUCGCUGCGGCCGCUGCUGCGCUGGACAUCGAUGACACUACCACCGAUUCUGACAGCAUGGCCGCUCUUCUUGCCGGUGCCGACGAGUCUGGCGAUGAGACCAGAAUGUCGCUCGACGACCUUCCGCCAACCCUGACCAUUGCCCAGGCCGCGCUGUUUGUGACCGCCAUGGGCUCGGACCCGUCAGAGGCCACCGAGCUGGCUGAGAACGGCGUGGUUCAGACAGCCGAGCUGGUCGAGAUGCUCGACGAUCUCAUAGGCGCCAUGCCGGGCAGCGAAGCCCGUGACGAGGUUCGCGCAGCCCUGCCGGCCAUCCUUGACGCUAUCGACAUCGACACCAACAGCGACGACGGCGCUUUGGCCCUGCUUGCUGGCGACUCUGAAUCUUCUGAUGCCACUGCGGCUGCAGCAGCCGCCGCUGUCGAUGCCGACGAGACAGAAUCGGACUCUGACGACGACGAUGUCGCUGCCCUCCUCGCGGCCGCUGGCUCAGAUUCCGACUCUGACGAAGAUGGCGACGAUGUUGCCGCGCUUCUGGCCGAAGGGUCGAACUCAGGUGAUGACGCACUGGGUGCAACACUGGCGGACCUUCCGGCGAACCUCUCCAUUGCCCAGGCUGCGCUGUUUGUGAGUGCGAUGGGAUCGGACGAGUCCGAGGCCGCCGAGCUUGCUGAAGGCGGCGUUGUGCCGACGGCCGAGCUGGUCGAGAUGCUUGACGACUUUAUGGGCGCCAUGCCGGACAGCGAUGCCCGCGCCAAGGUGCUGGCGGCAAUCCCGGCUAUGCUAGCUCUGGCCGACGAGCCCGCUGGCGAGCCAACAGUGGAUUCAAUCCGCGACCGGCUCGGUGGCGAGGGCGCGGCGUUGUCCAUCAAGCGCGCUGCUGCCUUUCUCGUUGCCCUGGGCUCGGCUCCGGCCGACGCCGAGGAUGAGGCGCGUGACAACUCGGAAGACGGGGGAGUCACCGUUCCGGUCGACGAGCUGAUUGAGAUGAUGACCGACCUCCUGCCGCUCAAGGCCGACCUUCUUGACGUCGUCCACUCUGCGAUGCCAACCGUUCUCGCAGCGGAGUAAAACAAG